AAAACGAAGAAGGCAUCAACAGGAACAACAUCAACGAAAAGACAGGGUUUAGAUAAUAUUGGAAAGUGGUUGUUCUAUAUUUAUGAAUACCAGAGUACUAGAGAAUGGCACAAGAGCACCAGCACGCACAUUCGCACUCUCAGGAUCAAUCCCAUAGUCAUAGCCAUGAAGAGAAGGAUAACCACCAUAGUCAUGAUCAUAGUCACCACCGUGACGAACAACCAGUAGAGUGUGAACAGAACAGUACUCUGGAUAAAUACAUUGACAUUGCACAUAUUCCACUACUUCUAGCAUACCCAACAUCACUUUUAGCAUCAAGUCUGAUAUUUCAAGAAGGUCAAUUGAAUACAAUAACGGAUCAUAAUGUGUCGAGUAUAAAUGAAUUCUUGUUGUCAAUACUUUAUAUUCCAGUGUUUUUAGCUUCAAUUCUCACCAUCAUUUAUACAUACAUGGGUAAUGGUGCCACUGCAACAACACCCAUCACUGAAAAAUCUAUUGAACAGAAUUUGAAAAGCAAUAAAGUGUUUCUAGGUCUAUUAGGGUUGGUUGUUGCAAAUAACUUUUUGGGGUCAGUAAGAACAGUGGUGUUGAGUUUAGUAAUGAUAAUCAAUGUGAGCUUCCCAUAUGUGUUGUUAUCACUAGCAUUUGAUCUAUAUUGUUUAUAUUUAAAGGGCAAGCUAGAGUUAUUACCUUCAACUCUAGGUACAUCACAGUUUUAUUUCAUCAUAUUUGCAUACUUCAUUCUUUUCCAAAUUAAAGAUUCAUUGAGGGACUUCAACCAAUUACAACAUAAAAACGAUGUGACAAUACCCGGUGUCUUGCUGCUGCUUAGUGGAUUGGGAAUAAUCUGGAAUUAUACAGCGGUCCAAUUAAGCAUGAUUUUGGUAACUUUAGGUUGUGGAAUCAUUUUGAAUGUAACUAAAUUAGAUUUGGCAGUGAUUCAUUUCAAACAAGGUGCACCUACAGUAACAGGUAUCAUUUCCAUUUUAUUAUGCUUUUUAUCAUAUAAUCAAGAUUAUAUUUCAAACAAAUUAUUAUUUGCUGGUGAGGUACUGUUGAUUCUGAUUACUGGGUUGAUCCCAGUUGACCAUUCAUUGUUUAAGUCAUCAUCACACUCAACAAAAUCAACAGUCAAUGAACAACAAACAAUUCUAACUCAGUUACUAUCACAUAAGGAUACCCGUGCCAUCUUUUCAUUCUUACUUUUAAAUGCAUCGUUCAUGUUUGUUCAGUUCCUAUAUUCGUUCAGAUCAAGAUCAUUAGGUUUAUUGUCAGACUCAUUACAUAUGGCACUAGACUGUACUUCACUAGCUUUGGGAUUAGUUGCUGGUGUUCUUGCUAAAAGGCCUCCAAGUGAAAUUUACCCUUUUGGAUUAGCUAGGAUUGAGACCCUUGCAGGGUUUGCAAAUGGUGUAUUACUUAUAGGUAUAGUUGCUGGGAUUUUCAUAGAGGGGAUAGAAAGAAUUAUAAAUCCUGUGAGCUUGGAAAAAACUGGUGAAUUACUGAUUGUUUCAUUCUUAGGUCUGGUUGUUAAUAUCGUGGGUAUUUUUGCAUUCAAUCAUGGUCAUGAACAUGGUGGACAUAGUCAUGGGCAUAGUCAUAGCCAUGGUGAUGGUGAUGUUCAUGAUAAUGAAAACAUGAAGGGUAUAUUUUUACAUAUAUUGGCUGAUACUUUGGGGUCUGCAGGUGUUGUUGUGUCUACAUUAUUAACUUCAUGGUUCCAUUCAAAUAUAUUUGAUCCAAUCGCUUCUUUGUUCAUAGCUGUGAUGAUCUUUGUUAGUGCUAUCCCAUUAAUAAGAUCUUCAGCUUCCAACUUGCUAUUGAGCCUGGAUGAUAAAAAGGAUGAAAUGAUGAGAGAUAUACUUUCACAAAUAUCAACAACACCAGGUGUUGCAAGUUAUACAACUCCUAGAUUUUGGCCCUCUGUUGAUGUUGCAACCACAUCAGCAAUUGAACAUGGUCAUUCCCACUCUAUUGAACUAGAGCACAAUCAUAGUCAUCAUGAUCACACUCAUGAACAUGGUCAUGAUGAUCAUUCUGAACCUGAAUCAGAUGUCAAAUUCAAACUGAUAGGGUACAUCCAUGUUCAAUAUAUUGAAGGUGAAAAUUCCACAAUUAUAAAGAAAAGAGUACAAACAAUUUUGGAAAAUAACGGAGUAAAAGCCUGGAUUCAAGUGGAGAAUGAAAAUUCAAAUUGUUGGUGUAG